AUGUAUACCCCUAAAUAUGAUUUAUCACGUUUGGGUGUUGUAUCAGUUAUAUUCAAUCCUGUUCGAUAUCGUAGUCGAUAUGAACAAUAUUAUAAAUUUCGUAAUCACAUGGCACGUUCUGGUGUUAAUUUAUUCACUGUUGAAUGUGUCUUCGAUUCGGCAACACGAUUCGGUUUGCCACCACAGCGAUUUGAAGUGACACAAGCUGACAAUCCACGACAUAUUCAAGUUGUAGCUCCAUCCAUUAUGUGGAUGAAAGAGAACUUAAUCAAUAUUGCCGUUCAACAGUUACCACCGACGAUUGAUCGAAUUGCGUGGAUCGAUGCUGAUGUAGAAUUUGAGCAUCUCAAUUGGCCUCACUUGACAAUGAAGGCUCUUGAUCGAUAUCCCAUUGUACAAAUGUUCAAAAUUGGUUAUUUUACAGGACCCAGCGGUAAACAGGAAAUUCUGAGACGAGAUCAUUCCUUUGGAUAUUCCAUUCGUCACAAUAAGCCGAUAUAUCCGCAUCAUUCUCAGUGGUAUGCUCAUCCAGGUUAUGCCUGGGCGAUGCAUCGAGAUACUUUUAAUGCCAUCGGUGGUCUUAUCGAUUUUUGCAUCGUUGGUUCAGGUGAUCUUCAUUUGGCUUAUGCUCUUUUAGGUCGUGUUGAAGAGACAUUUCCUAGUGGGUUACACAGGGAUUAUCGGAUGCAAGUAUCGAACUGGGGUGAUAGAGUUGCUAGAGCAGCUGGUAAUGGUGCUUUUGUGGGUUAUGUCGAUGUGAAUCUGUAUCAUCGUUGGCAUGGUAGUCGAACUAAUCGCAAUUAUAUUAAUCGAUGGUCAAUUUUAUCGCACUAUCAGUUUUCGCCAAGAAAAGAUCUCGAACGAAACAAACGAACAGGUGUAGUGUAUUUGAGAGACAAGCGUCUCUUUGGUCUACAAUCAACAGGUACUCGAAUCGAAGAACUAGAACAAGCAAUAGUCGGUUAUUUUAUAUCGCGCGACGAAGACAGUAUACGAGUGGUACGCAGAGUAGUGGUGCCAAGAUAUCCUUCGCAACCGGUUCCUCUUCAUCAGCGUCGCCAUAACAUCAUGCGUCCUGCCAAUAGACAUCGUCCACUUCCCAUACUUAUAGCUCCACCCAUUCCGCGUCAUCAUACACGUCGUUCCGGAUUCUAUUGA